AGAAACUCUGUGUUGUUGCUUUCUGUCAUGUACCCUGUAGUUUAUUGUGUGUUUCUGGUCCUCAGCUACACCAUAGUGUUGAUCUACUACGCCUUCUGCUUGGUGCUGAUGAUGCUGCUGCGCCCUCUGCUGGUGAAGAAGAUAGCAUGUGGACUGGGCAAAUCGGAUCGCUUCAAGAGCAUCUACGCUGCUCUCUACUUCUUCCCCAUCCUCACCGUGUUGCAGGCGGUGGGCGGAGGGCUGCUCUACUACGCCUUCCCCUACAUCAUACUGGUGCUGUCCCUGGUCACGCUGGCUGUGUACAUGUCCGCCUCUGAGAUUCAGGUAACGACACUCACUGCUCUGUGUGGGUUUCUAAUAUGUAUUUUAUUGUUGUACACCGAAACGUGAAAAUCUCUUAACUUGG